CGACAGUGAGCAUAAGGUACACAUAACCUCUACAUCCAGGAUGUAUUAGACGAAUGGUUAGCAUGCCAGCGCUCUUGGUUGUACUUGGAGCCGAUUUUUAGUCUGAGGACAUCAACCGCCAACUACCAGUUGAAGGGAAGCGAUAUCAAACCAUGGAGAGAAUGUGGAGAAAGAUAAUGAAAAACGCAAACGAAAACACUCAGGUGAUUUCCCUUUGCUCCGAUGCCAGGUUGCUUGAAAGUUUAAAGGAAUGCAACAAAUUGUUGGAGCAAGUGCAAAAGGGACUCAGUGAAUAUUUGGAAACAAAGAGAGCGGCUUUCCCAAGAUUCUAUUUCUUAUCUGAUGACGAGUUGCUUGAAAUUCUCUCCCAAACCAAAGAUCCCACAGCAGUUCAACCUCAUCUAAGGAAAUGCUUUGAAAAUAUUUACCAGAUCAAAUUUGAGGAAGACAUGCGAAUGUCGGAGAUGGUUUCCGGUGAGGGGGAGAGGGUCGACUUCUCCGAGGAACUUUACCCCACCGGUAACGUGGAGGAUUGGUUGGGUGAAGUGGAGAGAGUGAUGUUCGAAUCAGUGAGAGCUCAAUGUGAUAAAGCUGUGGCUGCUUACCCAAACACUAAACGCACGGAGUGGGUACUUGACUGGCCAGGGCAAGUGGUUAUAGCUGGUGCCCAAGUUUACUGGUCAAGGUACGUUGAAGAAGCGAUCGAAGCCGGUAAAAUUGAUGAUCUUUAUGAGCGUUUGGUUUCUAUGUUGAACGACUUGGUGGAACUCGUUCGUGGAAAACUAACCGGGAUGCAAAGAUUGAUGAUGUCAGCACUUAUCGUUAUUGAGGUGCACGCUAGAGAUGUGGUUGGCAAUCUAUGCGCAGAGAAAGUUAAAACUGUCAAUGAUUUCGAAUGGAUCAGUCAAUUGCGCUACUAUUGGAUGAAGAAUGACUUAUACGUGCAAGCAGUGAACGCAGAGUUCCCGUACGGUUACGAAUAUCUCGGCAACACUGGAAGAUUGGUCAUCACUCCUUUGACUGACAGAUGCUACCUCACCCUCACUGGAGCUCUCCACUUAAAGUUCGGUGGAGCUCCUGCCGGCCCUGCAGGGACAGGAAAGACUGAAACAACCAAAGAUCUCGGGAAAGCCCUUGCUAUUCAAACUGUUGUGUUCAACUGUAGCGACCAACUGGAUUUCAUGGCGAUGGGGAAAUUCUUCAAGGGUCUUGCGAGCUCGGGGGCUUGGGCUUGCUUUGAUGAGUUCAAUAGGAUUGAUAUUGAGGUGUUAUCAGUAGUUGCCCAACAGAUUGCCACGAUACAAAACGCACAAAGUGCUCGUGCGGAAAGGUUUAUGUUUGAGGGGGUUGAGAUAACAUUGAAGGCGGCGUGUGCUGUGUUUAUAACAAUGAACCCUGGCUACGCUGGAAGGACCGAGUUGCCUGAUAAUUUAAAGGCGUUGUUCCGUCCAGUAGCCAUGAUGGUCCCAGAUUACGCCAUGAUCGCUGAAAUCUCACUUUACAGUUUUGGAUUCAAUAAUGCAAAGCACUUGUCCAAGAAGAUAGUCAGCACGUUCAAGCUUUCAUCUGAACAACUGAGUUCACAAGACCAUUAUGACUUUGGGAUGAGGGCCGUUAAGACUGUUAUAUCUGCUGCUGGCAACUUGAAGCGUGAACAUCCGGACAUGGAUGAGGAGGUGAUUUGUCUCCGUGCGAUCCGAGAUGUCAACAUCCCUAAGUUCCUCCUGGAUGAUCUCAAACUCUUCCGUGGCAUCGUGUCCGAUCUCUUCCCGAAGAUCAAAGAGGAAGCGAUCGAUUACGGGAUCCUCAUGGAGUCGAUCGUGGAUUCGUGCCCCAAGUUAGGGGUGCAAGCUGUGGAAGGUUUUGUCACUAAAUGUAUCCAACUUUACGAGACGACUGUUGUACGCCAUGGUCUUAUGUUGGUUGGCCCAACGUGUUCAGGGAAGACGAAAUGUUACAACACACUUGCUAAAGCUCUGACUAAACUUAAAGGACAACCAUCUAUAAGUGGAGGGGAUUAUGAAGCUGUGCAUACGGAGGUUUUGAACCCAAAGUCGAUAACAAUGGGUCAGUUGUAUGGUGAGUUUGAUGCUAUGACUCAUGAAUGGACAGAUGGGAUAUUAUCGACGCUUAUCAGACAAGGGUGUUCGGCUACUGAUAAAGAUAAGAGAUGGUACAUGUUCGAUGGCCCGGUUGACGCCGUAUGGAUUGAAAACAUGAACACGGUGUUGGAUGACAAUAAGAAGUUGUGUUUGAGCAGUGGAGAGAUCAUCAAGUUAACUCAACACAUGACCAUGAUGUUUGAGGUAGCUGACCUUGCUGUUGCUUCCCCCGCCACAGUAUCAAGGUGUGGCAUGGUCUACCUUGAACCUGGCUAUAUUGGACUUGCACCGUUCGUUUACUGCUGGAUGAAACGAGUUCCCGAUGUCAUUCUUCCCUAUGUUGAUAAAUUAAAUGCGUUGUUCGAUAAAUUCCUGGAGCCAUCCGUGAAGUUUAUCCGCAAGAACACGAAGGAGAUUGUGGCGUCCGUGAACGCAAACUUAACAUUCUCACUGCUCAAUUUCCUGGAUUGUUUCUUUGCCCCUCUCAUUCCUAAGGAGGGGGGAGCUGCAAUGCGGGAACGAGCUAAGAAAGACAAACGUUUUGCUAAGUACCUUGCAUUUGGUGAACCCACACUAACUGAAAGCCAGUUGGAGCGGGUAGGCGAGCUUAUUGAGCCGUGGUUCUUCUUUGCGUUGAUAUGGAGCGUUGGUGGAACUGUGGAUAAUGAAGGGAGGGCAAAGUUUUCCGAGUAUUUGAGGCAAAGAAUGAAAGAAGAGAAUGUCUCCCUCCCGUUCCCGGACCAAGGGUUGGUUUACGAUUACCAGUUGGAUGAUGGAGGAGUGACAAAGAAGAGCAAUCCUGGAGACGUGGAUGAUGAGGAACAAACGCAGAAGUCAACAGAGAUUAAAUGGCGGAGUUGGAUGGAGAGCGCUCCUUCAUUUGAAGUCACUCCGUCCACGGCGUACGCUGAUAUCAUCGUGCCUACUAUUGAUACUGUAAGGACGGCCUCACUGGUGGAGAUGCUUAUUAUGCAUAAGAAGCAGAUCUUGACAGUUGGCCCAACAGGCACGGGCAAAACUGUCGUGCUGAUGGACAAGUUAUUGAAAGGAAUGCCACAGGAAUAUAUCCCUAACUUCAUGAUGUUCUCGGCUAAAACAUCAGCAAACCAGACACAGGAUCUGAUCGAUGGCAAACUAGACAAGCGUCGCAAAGGUGUGUUCGCGCCUCCCUUGGGCAAGUACGCCGUGUUCUUUAUAGAUGAUCUCAACAUGCCAGCACUUGAGAAGUAUGGAGCCCAACCCCCUAUAGAGUUACUGAGGCAAUGGAUGGAUCAUAAUGGAUGGUACGACAGGAAGGCUAUUGGUUCCUUCCGUACGCUGGUUGAUAUAUCGUUCGUGUUCGCC